CCUUGUGGUCUCUUCCAACUCUACGAUUCUAUGAUUCUACGAUUCUAUGAUUCUAAUGACCUCCUCCCACAUUGCCCCUGCUGUCAAAAACCUUCCAACAAUCUUCUAACCCAGCCACUUUUCACCUCAUCUACAGAAUGCUGUUUCUUGUUAAUGUUUCUUGGACAUGUACAGUAGCAUUCUAGAUUCACUAAUUUUGCAAGAGGAUACUGUGGCACUCAAACAGUGUCCUUCAACAGGACAAUCUCCUUUAAGUCAAACUCUUUGAGCCUUGUCACAUGAGAAAAUAAAGCCAAAACAAAGUGGAGGUGUACCGGCUUUCUUUGUGCCUCUCCGCAUGUUGUCAUAGUACUUCCGUUUUUCCCCGAGGGAGAGAGUUGUAAAUGCAUGCCUUUUGUCAAACAGAUUUUUGCAGCAUGGAAAAGGCACAUUUUUAUGACCCUGGGGAAGAAAAUGGAAGUGCUAUGAUAGUGUGUGGAGAGGCAAGGAGAAAGUCGCUUCUCUCCCACUGCACUUUGGGUUUUCUUUUCUUAUGUGAUAAGGCUGUUUGUUCACGGGCAGAUGUUUCUGGACACUGACUCCCAUUCUCCCUCACCUAUGCAGAGGUCUGGUGGGAGGGCCACAGUUUCUCACCUUAUUGUAGCCCAGUACAGUAAGCUCAGUAGCUCUCCAGGGUCUCUCAAUAGAGGUGUUUACCUCUGUUGGCACAGAGUACCUGAUCUCUCUAAUUGGAGAUGCCAGAGAUUGAAUCUAGGACCUUUCCCCAGCAAAGUCCUGGCUCUGCCACUGACUUGUGCCCCUUAUCCCAGCUAAACUACCUAAUGGGCUCUUACAUUCUUUUUUCUCUCUCCUCUUAUUUCUUCAGAGAGGGUGAUUGGUGGGAGGCAAGGUCUCUGAGCACGGGAGCAAUGGGCUACAUUCCUAGCAAUUAUGUCGCACCUGUGGACUCCAUUCAGGCAGAAGAGUGGUACUUUGGAAAAAUUGGUCGCAAGGAUGCUGAGAGGCAGCUUCUGUGCCAUGGCAACCCACGGGGGACCUUUCUUAUCCGUGAGAGUGAGACUACCAAAGGUGCCUACUCACUAUCAAUUCGGGAUUGGGAUGAAGUGAAGGGUGACCAUGUCAAGCAUUAUAAGAUCCGGAAGCUGGACAACGGAGGUUAUUAUAUCACCACACGGGCCCAGUUUGAGACUGUGCAGCAACUGGUCCAGCAUUAUAUAGAGAGAGCUGCAGGGCUGUGCUGCCGCCUAGCUGUGUCGUGCCACAAAGGGAUGCCCAAACUGGCUGACUUGUCCGUCAAAACUAAAGAUGUUUGGGAGAUCCCACGUGAAUCGCUGCAGCUCAUCAAGAAACUGGGCAACGGGCAGUUUGGGGAAGUGUGGAUGGGCACUUGGAAUGGCACCACCAAAGUAGCAGUGAAAACGCUGAAACCAGGCACCAUGUCCCCAGAAGCAUUCCUUGAAGAAGCCCAAAUUAUGAAGCGCCUCCGGCAUGACAAGUUGGUUCAACUAUAUGCUGUGGUCUCAGAAGAGCCAAUCUACAUUGUCACUGAGUUCAUGAGCCAAGGGAGUUUGCUGGAUUUUUUGAAAGAUGGAGAUGGCCGUUUCUUGAAGUUGCCUCAACUGGUGGACAUGGCAGCCCAGAUUGCAGCUGGAAUGGCUUACAUCGAGCGGAUGAACUACAUCCAUCGAGACCUGCGGGCUGCCAAUAUCCUUGUGGGUGACAACUUGGUGUGUAAGAUUGCAGAUUUUGGCCUGGCCCGCCUUAUUGAAGACAAUGAGUACACAGCUCGCCAAGGUGCCAAGUUUCCCAUCAAGUGGACAGCCCCAGAAGCUGCCCUUUAUGGCAAGUUUACCAUCAAGUCAGAUGUGUGGUCCUUUGGCAUCCUCUUGACUGAGCUUGUGACUAAGGGGCGGGUACCCUACCCAGGCAUGAACAACCGGGAAGUGUUGGAGCAAGUGGAGCGGGGCUACCGCAUGCAGUGCCCUGGGAGCUGUCCUCCAUCUUUGCACGAACUGAUGGUGCAGUGCUGGAAGAAGGAGCCGGAGGAGCGACCCACCUUUGAAUACCUCCAAUCAUUUCUUGAAGACUACUUCACUGCCACAGAGCCUCAGUACCAGCCAGGAGACAACCAAUAAUAAUGGCUGGGAUGCUAACUGGGAAUCAUGCCAUGGGCAGCUGAGCCAGCAGGACCUUCAGUGGGUCCUGAGUCUGGGGGACUUGGCCAGACACAGAAAAAGCCCUUUCUCACUCUGGGGGUCAGGAUCCAAGAAUACCCUUUGUUUCAUACAACUGGGUUUGGAUGCCUCAUUUGCUCUUUUCCUUUCCUUUUUUUAUGAUUCUACCUUUUUUUUUUGAGUUGGGAUUUUAUGUUUUAUGUUCUGUGCUCUUCUUUUGGGUAACUGCUGUGCCAACUUUUGGAAUUUCAAGAAGGAUAAAGAACCAAGACUAGGGCUGGGUUGGUAGGGAGUGCGGAUAAAAAGCAAACUUCAUACAGUAUAUUAAACAGAGGCUGGAUGGCCAUCUGUUAGGGUGCUUUGAUUGUGAGUUCCUGCAUGGCAGGAGGUUGGACUUGAUUGUCCUUGUGGUCUCUUCUGAUUCUAUGAUUCUAUGACUUCUCUUCACCUGAGUUAUCUUUCCUCUUGCACUUCCUUCUACAUCAGUCUUUCCCAUCAUGGCACCCUCAAAAUGGUUUGAACUAAAACUCCUAUUAACCCCAACUGACAUAGCCAUUGACCAGUGAUGGUGACAGUUGUAAAUCCAAACAAGUGGGGAAGGUUGUCCUUUUCUGACCUCAGGCACAGGUAAACUGUGGCAUUCCAUCAUUGUUGGACUGCAUAUCCCAUAUUCUCUUGGUGUUGCUCACGCUCUCUGUGGAAGAUGAGAGAUGGAAUUCAGCAAUAUCUGGAAGGUACAUUUACCGUUCCUGUCCUACAUCUUUAUGGAAAGUUCUGGUAUUGGACAGUGUCUGUCUCCAUUUCUGUCAGGCCUAAUGUUCUCAGUAUUGAUGUGGAUCAUGGGAACUUGCAGCACAAUCUAUAAAACCCACAGUUGCCAUCCCAACCCAUCCAAGAGAACACCUUGAAAGUGAUUAUUUCUGUGUUUAAUGCUUUUGUCCCCAUUCUGUCCUCCUCAUCCUUGACCUUCUGUGUUCUUAACCUGACCUUAACCAGUACUAUUGAAGCCAUAAUCCACUGACUGCAUGAUUGAGGGUGGAAGGUUGUUACAGAGGGCAGCCUAAACUGGAGAAGGGAAAUUGCAAGUGUGGGAUGUGUGCCCUGCUGUCAUUUAGGGCAUACAUUUCCAUCGACAAAAGAUGAUGGGAAUUGUAGUCACACAUCUGUUAGGCUGGUUAAACUGCUGGUUUCCUUUCCUUUUAUUUCUUUUAUAGUGAAAUAAUAUUAUUUCUCUAGAAAAGAGAAAAAGAUGAAGAGGAAACUUCUAAUUAAAGUUUUCCACCCCAAACAGGGAACCAAAUCUAAAUUAUUAACAGGCAACCCAGCACUGAUCUCCCAGCUUUGCUGAACAGAAAUAAAUAAAAGCAGGGGACCACUCUUUAAUGUUAUAGAAUGAUCUUGGCAGGGGGUGAGGGAACCUUGAUAACUGGCUGUAAGUGCAGUGUAGAAGUGCCAUUUUGAGACUUUUUUUUGUAGUUGAUCAUGGAAAAGCAAUGCCUCCACAAUACUAAAGUGCCCUAGUAUGGAAGUGACUUAGCAAACUAUCAUCCCACUUCUCUUUCCAGACCAAUUCAUAUUUUAUCCUGAUGGGUAUGUUUCAGCCAGUAUUCUGAGCUGCAUGGACAAGUCCAUGGCUACAGAUGUGUGUGUGUUUGUAUGCAUGUGUGCACAAGUGUACAUAUGUGCAAAGACAAGUGGCUAACCACAGUUGAGAAGCAAUCACAGCUUCUGAAAGACCAUAUCACUAUCCUACUUUCCCACCUUUGCAAAUAGAGAAGUGGCUAACACAAGUGGUGAAAGUGACAUUCGAACCAGGCACUGUUUAUGACAAGAGAUUCUGGGCAGCUGUUCAAAGAUACCCACCUUUGGGCUCAAGGUCUUCCAUAUUAUUCUAAGAAGUAGCAAGUCCCAUGACUGAAAUUUGCACCCAAAGCUCACUACAGCUGUUCUGGGAUUCAAAUACUCCAUUCAACUGAAAUAGGGACCUUAGGUCCUCCAGGUGUUCUAGAUUGCAGCGCCCAGAAUCUAUUACAGUUGGUCAUGUUGGCUAGGGGUUCUGGGAAUUAAAGUCAAAAAAUGCCUGUGGGGUGGGGGCUAAACUCAGGAUUGUAGUAGCUGGGGAAGGAUCUGUGACACCAAACAAGAUGUAUGUGUAGAGUGCAGCGAUUUAUUCUUGAUGCUUCUCAUCUUUGCUGCUUAUUUCUGCCUGGAGGACAGUCCUUCAGGAUGGUGGAAGGUCCUCCCAUACUUGGAAGAAUGGGUCAGAUGUUUCUCCUGCUGGAUGACCUUGUUUUAGCCUUUGAGGACGAGCAAGUCCUACCUUGUUCACCAGUAAAAGAUCCCAUUCUUCCUUCUGGAAACGUGAAGCGCUGUCCUGAUUCUAUACGCUGGAAAUGUCAGCAUGCAUGUUUGCCAGAAAUGAGUUAAGAAUAUGUCCCCCCCCCCCAAGUUUCAGAUUCAUAUUAGUGGAAUACCUUUAUUGGAUGCAAGAUCUUUGGCUCUCUUUCUCAAGCAAUGUUUACAAAUGUCGAUUUUCAGGGGUGGGAAAAAUUGGAGAUAAGAGAAACCCUGAGGUUAAUGUCAUCAUGGCUGCAUGAUCACAGCCUUGAGAUGGAAUGGGGAUGUAGGUGUCUGCAAAAGUUCAGUUGGGCUCUAGAACAGUGGUUCUCAACCUUCCUAAUACCGCGAUCCUUUAUUAAUUUAUUUAUUAUUAAUUUUAUUUUUAUACCGCUAUUCCUUGGAGAUCAUAGCGGUGUACAGAAAAUAUAAAAACAGUGUAAAACAACAAAGCCCCUCCAACCCCCCAAUUAUACAGUUCCUUUAAUAUAGUUCCUCAUGUUGCAGUGAUCCCCAACCAUAAAAUUGCGGUGUCUCAGUCCCUAAGACCAUCAGAAAUAUGUAUUUUCCGAUGCUCUUAGGUAAACCCUGUGAAAGGGUCAUUCAACCCCCAAAUUGAGAACCACUGUUCUAGAAGGUGGUAUGGUGAUAGCUCCAGGUUUUCCUGGGAGCUGUUUGUCCCCCACUCCCAAUUUUUUUAAAGUUAAAAAAAAAAAUCCCCUUGUUAUUCAGACAAAAGAAUUUUAAUCAUCAGGCUCACAAAUAAACAUGGCAUCAGUGCAGAAGCAAACAAGGCCAGACUGUUGGAGACAGGAGUAGAGCCUUUGAACAUGGUGAGUCUGAAAGGUCAAAUACAACUGUACAUUAAACUCAGGGUGUAUCCGCACUGAUGGGAAAACCUGGAUUACUGUUGGGGCAUCCAGAUCCAUCAGGAGGAUGAGCUGGCUGCACAACUGGUACCCACAACAGCCAAUACCAGCACCUGUCCUGGCCCUGGUCAUGUUAAAACACAAAUGUGCUGGUACCCGCCUGACAAUGCUUUCCCUCCAUUCCCGUGUUGGUGUACAAUCCACACGCUUGGGAUUCUCCCGAGUUUCUGGACUGAUUCAGAGCAAGUGGGGACUCUUUUUACUCUGGAGAAUUGUGCUGGAGUGCCAAUGGGACCCACGUAUUGCCCAUUUUGGCCCCAUGCAUCAUCUUAACAGGUGAGUGUGAGAACAGAUUGGGAAUUUUUCUUUUCUUCCUUGUGGAUACAGCCUGAGUCCAGCGUUGAAAUAUGACUGAGUAGCAGGACUUCUUGGAGAGAAGAAUAGACACAAACAUCUUGGAAACAUGGCGAACAAGUGGUUUAGAUGUCAAACCCAGAGUGAAUCUGCCCGUUCCCCAUCCCCAUUCAAUGAAGCUACCCCUUUCUAUGCCAA